AUGGUGAAGGAAACUGAGUAUUAUGACACAUUGGGAGUCAAUCCUGAAGCAUCUGCAUCUGAUAUUAAAAAGGCUUACUACCUCAAAGCGAGGAUAGUUCACCCUGACAAAAAUCCAGGGGAUCCAAAAGCAGCUCAUAAUUUCCAGGUGCUUGGAGAGGCUUACCAGGUUCUAAGCGAUCCUCAAAAGCGUGAAGCAUAUGACAAAAAUGGAAAAGAAGGACUAAAACAGGAGACAAUGGUGGAUCCUUCGGCUGUUUUUGGUAUGGUAUUUGGUAGUGAUUUAUUCGAGGAUUAUAUCGGGGAGCUUUAUAUGGCUUCUAUACAGACUGUAGAGCUUGAAGAAGAGUCAAAGGUUCCUGAAGUUCGCAGACAAAAAAUUCAGGAGAGGAUGAAGGCAUUACAAAAGGAGAGAGAAUCUAAGCUCAUAGCAAAUCUUAAAGAUCGCCUUCGACUAUUUGUUGAAGGCAAAACAACGGAGUUUGUUGAUUGGGCCACAUCGGAAGCUCAACGUCUUUCACCCGCAACUUUUGGUGAGGCUAUGCUACAUACAGUUGGCUACAUCUACACAAGGCAGGCUGCAAAAGAACUUGGAAAAGAUAGAAGGUAUAUGAGUGUCCCAUUUUUUGCGGAAUGGGUUAGGGACAAAGGACACCAGAUUAAAUCACAAGUUUCAGCCGCUUCAGGCGCUGUUCAAUUAAUUCAUACAGUUGAAGAGCUGAAGAAGUUGAACGAAUCAAAAGCCAAAGAAGAGGAGAUAAUAAAAGUUAUUGAAAGUAAAAAAGAUGCAAUGUUUAAUUCCUUGUGGCAGCUUAAUGUUGUAGAUAUUGAAACAACAUUGUCCCAUGUUUGUCAAGCUGUGCUUAGAGAUUCUAGUGUUUCAAAAGAUAUUUUAAAACAAAGGGCUAGAGGAAUGAAGAAGCUUGGAACAAUAUUUCAAGGAGCAAAGUCGAAUUACAGAAGAGAUAACAGUUUGCGCCAAGAAAGCACCGUGCAAAAAACAGCUGCUUCUUCAUCUUCUUCAUCCAAAUAAUUUCAGAUGUCGACUAUUUAUAUUCAUUUAACAUUAUGUACUGUAUUAUAUUAAUAUUAAUAUUCUAAAAAAUGACGCAUGUUUUUAUUUAAUGACAAAUUACC